CUAGCCCUGCCGUUUGAUGAGCAGCAUCAAACAAGCGUAGUCGAAGCAGUCUUCAUUUGUUCCUAAAUAACAACUUCGGAUGGUUCGCAGAGGAAGAAGGGCUCGUGGAGGCAAUCAUGGAGACUUCCGCGGAGGCCGCCGCGGUAGAGGACGCCGCCAUAGAGGGAACCAAGGGCCAGGCCGUGGGAUCCUGCGGCAUCGAAGAGCUGCGCGCGGUCGACCGCGUCAACGUGGAGGCCCCGGCAAACGCCAACCGCGAGGGCAGGGGAUAUUGCGCCCGGUCGGCAGGAGAGGCCAGGCAAAAAAGGAACGGCGUCUCACUAAGAAAGAGGCGGCUCGGGACGACAUGAACUUCGUCCGCGAAGCAGAAAAGAGGUCCUCGGGUGCUAUCGCGGACGCACUCGAUCAUGGCACAAGUAGCACUAGCGUAGAUUACGACGAAGGUCUGCCACUCGAAGCAGAGGCGGAGCAAAUGAGGCAAGAGGAAGAAGCAUACGUGCUAAGGGAAGCGGAGGAGAUGAGAGAGCAAGAGGAAGAAACCCGCCGGCUAAAGGUAAAAGAGGGGCAGGAGGACGGGAGGCGGCCAACUGAACAAGGGGUGAAGGAGCGGGAAGAGGAGGAAGCCCUCCGGCGGCGUAAAGGGUAUCAGAUACCGGAACAAGAUGCGCAGCGGCGGUGGCGUGAAGAGCAAAACAUGGACGGAGAGUACGCGCGGCGGCGACGCGAAGAUCAACGGAUGCCGGUAGAGGACACGCGCUGGCGGCGUGAAGAGCAAAAUAUAGAGGAAGAGGAAUUCCGCCGGCGGCUUGAAGAGCGAAGGAAAGAAGAGGAGGCAAUUCGUAGUCUUAAAGAAGAGCGAAAGCGUUUGGAUGAAGAGAAUGCCCUUCGAAAACUUGAACAAGAGCGAAAGUUGCGAGAGACACAAGAUACCACGGCAAAGCCUCCAUCCAAGGAGGAAGUCCCCCCGGUGAUUCCAAUGGCCGCUGAAACCCAGUUGCUUGGGCCCCUCACGCAGCAGAUUAAAGCUGUCGUCGACGAUAUAGAGAAGAUGGCUACCAAGCCUCUGAAGACGGAACGGCCUACUACGGUGGAAGCGAGUACGGAAACAGAUGGCGGCACAAUUGACCGGCGAGCUGAGCAAGUAGAUACGCGAAACGACACAGACUUAACCCUGCGGCCGGUUGCUACCUACGUUGUCAAGAGGCCUCGGUCUGAGACGAGGUUGGAACGGCUGCUAUCCUUCUUCGGUCUAGCUUCGCCUGAGCAACCAGACUCAGAAGUUAUUGAGUAUCAGUUUGUUGAACCUACAGCAAUAUGGUCACCCUCUGAGGACCGGCUAGAUAGGCCGCUGCGCUACGGAGAAGGAUAUCACCGCCAGCGAAAGGGUGGAAAGAAAACUCACAGACAAGGCGCGUACGACGAAUCGCCAGAAAGCAGCGAUUCGGAGCUAAGCCCAGCUGAACUAGAUGCAAAAGGUGAAGAGGACGACACCCGGAGACAACGGAAGAAACGAAGCGGCCGUAAGAAAAAAUCAAAGCGAACUCAGCGUCGUGAUUUUCGGCAAGAUGGAAGAUCAUCCGGCAAAAUGUAUGAUCCGCGUGAGCUUGCUCACACGUAUCAGCUUGACAAGGCGAAAGCGAGCGCCGCUGACAGCGCUGGCGCAGCUGCUGAAAGAGUGCAGGGCAUGGGUUACAUUGAGGAAAUAACUGAGGAAAUGAUGGAACCUGAACAAAAUUUUUAUGGACAGGCAUUGGGACCCCGGCUACGAAAGACGCGGGUAGUAAGGCCUUUAAACAGAUUAUUUUCAGGGACCGUCUCACGGCAGAUAGAACAACAGCCAAGUUGCAUCAGGGUGUGGAAGACUCGACCGGAACCGAUAAUCGAUGAGCUUUCAACACGCCCAGAAAUUCGGAUGCCUUUUGAUCAGGCUGCCACCGAACGUACGAAGGAUGGGGCUAUGCAGCCUGAAUUUACUGCACAUGGCCAUAUCUUUCCGACAGUCAGCGGGGGAGCUCACAGACCGCAGGCAGUACCCAUUCCACCACCCCUGUUUCAACGAUGGUGGACGCCGCACAUGUUACGCCCUCGGGACACACGCCAGCCAUUUGUUGAUGGUCUGGGAUACUACACAGGAGCUGAGCAGGUACCCUAUUGUCCUGCCCACUACAGUCCGCCAAGGCCAGCAUGCGAGCAGCCUCUGUUCCAGCGUAGUCCACCACAAGAUCGUCGCAUACAGCUGCCUACCAGCAAGAGUGUGAGUUCGAUGUGCACAUGCGUGGUCAAGUGCGGAGAUCACUGCAUCGGCCUUGGGCGUAGGAAAAGUGAUUUUAUGGAGCCUUCGGAACCCAGUUUACUUUACUCAACAAGCCUAAUUGGAUACGAAAGUGACAGGCCAUACUCCUUACACGCUGAAGGUUGGAGACGUGAAGACCUUGAGGCCAGAAUAAGAGCAGAGGAGGAGGCGCGGCUUCUCAGAAGCAAACUGCGACUUCUGGAAGUGGAACGUGAAGAGGAAAAAGCCCAUUUCGAUGAACUGCGUGCAGAAGAGGAAGCCCUGCAGCUGGAAAGACAGUUACUGCAGAGUGAGCUGGACCGGCUGAAUGAGCGCAGGCACGCGGAUGUGGGGCGUCUGCGCCAAGAUCAGGGUGCAGAGCAAAUAUCUCGAAUUGAAGAGCGCUUACGGCUGUUGGAACAAGCACAGGACGUGGCCAGGAAGGGUUUCUCAUGGACUCGAGAUGGCGUCCCAGCCACGGUGCCGUUUGUUUUGCCGGGGCCCUAUGCAGUGCCACCUUGUGGUUUCCCGGCUCAGCACGUGCCUACAGACACUUCAUCUUGGUGGACACGCCAUCGGGGUCGGCGUGCACAUCGAUGCUCAGGUGCUGGGAGUGAGCCUUCAGCCGGCUAUCCCAAGUCCUUUGCUUGUAAUUCCAAUACCAUUUCUGGAGACGCGAAGAAUGGCUCGACCUCUCAUAAACAAGAUGAACAAGAGGCUCAAGAGAACAGGUCGUUUCUUGGAAGGUUGAUGCCCUGCUUUUCCUCAUCUUUAUUGUGCGCCGAAACGCCAACAACAAAACACGUGUCAUACAGACCGGAGCCGUCUGAGCAAAACUCGGAGACUGUCGUAGGAGCUGGGAAAGUUGCGAUAGAUUCUACGCUGAACGAGCAAGGAACAGGUGGGCAACCGGAAGACCAAGUAGCCAGCAAGGCAGAGAAGUCUCUUUAUGACACAACUCCUGUACCUGAGAAGCCCAUGAUCAUGGUGCUACUAGAAUCUGACAUUCCUGAUGUCGUAUUCGUAAAGCAUAGGAAGUCUAUAUCACCUGAAGCGAUGCGUGACAGGAUGGACCUGCCAAGCCACAACGCCAUUUCGACAGAGAUUGACAGUUUGAUCUCCGAGCUCUCAGAUACUGAUAAUGAUACUCUGAAGCCGGCGCAACCAAAUGUGAAGUCGAAAAAUACGCGAGAAAGCGGUAAAAAGCAUGGGGAAGAUAGCACCUCGGCUACCUUUAGCGAUGCAAGCAAUGCCUCCAAAGCGCAGUCUGUGGAGUCCAAGAGGGGGCCCAGUAAGAGAGUCAGCAGUUUGUCUAAACCGAAUAAAGGGUGGAGCUGGAGCACGGCAAGCAGCCGCUUAUUGGGCGUACUGAAGCCAACAAGCUCAAACACGCAUCCUGAACGCAAGACGCAACGUGUGGCACCAGUUCCUUCCAUCGCGCCAAGGAAACCAAAAGCAGCAGCUCCCAAAAAGCCACCUGAUGAGCUGUUUGAGGAGGAAAGCGUCAUUGAGGAACCAUACACAACCGAGGACUUCAUAAACCAGAUGACAGGAGAAAGUGCUGAAAAAAUAAGAGCGGCGACUUCCUCAAGGACCGCUGAGCUUGGAAGCUCACGAGUGUAUGACUCGGUCAAAGACACGACAAAAUCAAUGACUACUGGCUCCAAGGACGCGCUGCCCGCAAGGCUUCCAAAGGCACCACCUGUUGCGGCAAGAACUAAAAUGCUGAAAGGUGUGACGAAGCCUGCGACUGGUAAGGAUGACAAGGACGAGUCGCCGCCAGUGGAAGAGUCAGUGCAGGAGCAGCGUUUACAACUGCCGGAACCGGUUCCUGAUCUGAGCGAUAAAGAUGAACAGUCAGCGGAGUCGGCUUCAGAAGUUAACAUCAAUAUUCCCGAAAAGCCAUUCUCUAGGAUGAAAAGCACGCCUGACUUUGACACCAAGACUUUUUCUGCUGACCACCGAGGCAGCGCUCUUGUUUGUGAAGUGGUGAUUCCUUGUGCCGAGGAAGCCACUGCCGAAAAAGAAAUGUUUGAAAUUGCGGAAACGCCUCAAGACUUUCUUCCUGAACGCAGUUUUGUGUCACUGGUGAGCUUGCUUACGCUCCUGUGGAUAACUAUAGUACUAAGCACCACCACAUUCCUGGGCCCCAAACUAACCGCGCAUGUACAAACAGAGACCAUCGCAGUAACUCCUCAACCAUCAGUUCUGAGCUAUAAUCGGAAUAGAACUUCGCUCAGUAAAACGACUCACGUGCCUAGCUUUUUUAUCUGCGAUAGUGACUACUGCGCGAAGGAAGGAACUUUUCUGAAGAGCGUGCUGAGCGAAGCAGACUAUCCCUGCGAGGAUUUUUAUGAACACGUUUGCCAGCGCUGGGCACAGAAGCGAAGUGCACAAGUGACCCGAGGAGGGACAUUAUCUGAAGAUGUGUUCCUUGAAGACCACAUGGAGCGCAGCGUACUUUCAGUCUUCAAUCAGAACGCAGCGAAAGUUCAGCCGGCGGUGGAAUUUAUAAGAACAUGCCAAAAUAGCGCAGCUUCAGCGUCUGUUGAUCAAAUGCGAGAAGUUUUCACGCAUUGGCGAAUUCGAGAGUGGCCAGUUCGCACCUUUGAAGAGCGCCACCAUGAAGAUGCAUUAUUUUUCGCGGGGGAACUGUUGCGCGACAUCGGCUUAGCAGUAUUUGCAGAUAUAUACAUAGCAGUGGACCCUGUCAACGCGCAAAGAGGCGUAACAACUCUUAAGCCUCCAGAGCCUCUUCCCUUCCCGCGUGACACGCAGUCUGAUCUUGUCUAUCGUGCGGUCAAAGAGACUCUGCGUGCAUUUAAUAUCAACGACGCGAAGCACGUGGAGCGCCUGGCAGAUGAAAUAAUGGUGGUAUUUGAUUGGCUCGAGCGCCUUGCUGUAUACAACGAGAACGCUACCAUGUUGAAAGACUGCGAGCUUAACAAUGACCUCUUUAGGCUACUGAGCUCUGCUGGGAACUUCGAACCAAAAAGAGCGAGACCAAUGGAGUGCAAUGGAGUCACAUACGUUCUCCUGCUUUCUGCGGACUAUUUUAGGAAUCUGCCAGAGGAACUCCGGAAGGUUGAAGCAAACGCCCUUCUCAACCACCUAGGGUUCCGCGCUGUGGUUCGGCUGGCUGCAUUUAUGCCAGAGUCAUUGCGUGUGCUCCGUGAGCUGUCUUACCUCGAGGCAACAGGCCGAUCUGAGGUUCCCGAUACCGACAGCUUGUGCCUUCGAGUUAUGGAGCUCGUCAUACCUUUCUGCGUCGUCAAGGCUGCGGCACUGCCCCUGAUACAGGCGGGCACCGCUCUGUGGCAGCGGCGGUGGCUGUCUGAUCUGGAGGUCACUUUCCUUCACGGGUUGCCUCGUGUCUCAUGGCUUGACGAACGGGCCCUGUUCGCGCUUGCCUUCCGACUGCGGCGAAUACGCGUGCAGCCUCCCUUUUCCUUCGACAAGGUCCGAGAAGAGGUGGCGUGUGUCCCGGCAGACUUGACCAUUGGCAACUCGCUGGCAGAUAUCGUCCGCCUCUUUCGAAAAAUGCGGACUCGGCGGACAUUUCGCGAUCUUCGCUUUGGUCCCGGCUGGCACCCGCUGUCUCCAUUAACCAUGUGGCCCGACUUCGAUGCUACCUUACGCCGCAUUCGCAUUCCUCAAGGUUUGCUUAACGACUCGAUACCCGCCAACAGCAGCAUCUUUGCUUUCCACCUUUCCCGAGUGGCUGUCCGGUUUUACGCCUCCAUGGUCCCUCUUCUCUACACGAGCUACGAGUGGGACCGCGAAGCUGCGCUGGACUUGGGCCGCGAAUCCAAGCGCCUCCUCGAGGGCGUCAGGCGCUGUCUGGAAGACGACUGGCGAUCGCUCUCCGAUCAGGACACAAUGGACCUGCCGUUUCACUAUGGCUUACUGGAUCAUCGAGCCUGGUGGCUGCGUCGAUGGCUGCUCGAACAGACGCUGGCGAUCGAACUAGCAUUGCACGCUUUCCGUGAACUUCUGCAUAAGCGCCGCAUCUGGAAGCUGCAGUAUCGCUUCGUCACCCUGCCUGACUAUACUUCGACGCAGCUGUUCUUCAUGUAUUACGCCCUUGACCAUUGCCAGCGGGACUACGACGGGUUUGAGCGAAGGCAGCUACUUCAGCGAAAACGUCCGCCGCCGAAAAUGAGGGUCAACCUGCCACUGCGUCACAUCGGGGCCUUUGCUGACGCUUUCGGUUGCAGACCUGGUGACCAAAUGAGAGCUGACCAACCGUGCAUGACGUUCCGCUCUUGAAGGUGUACACGUUGAGCGUUUUGCUAAGGUUUCGAGCUGUUGCCGUGCAAAAUAUAGGAAAUUCGGAUUAGGCUACAUGUUGACAGUUGUAGUCCAUUAGUUGUAUUACAGUUGUAAUACAUCUAGGUUCUGCGAAGUUUUUGCUUGGAGUGAGCAGUACAUUUGUAGAUAAUAUUGAAAAUUCGAGCUUUUUACUGUGGUAAGUUCUCCUGGACAUUUAACUCCUUUCAUUCAAUCUGUGCUUGUCCUACGACGGUGUUGCUACCAAACAUCAAUGACUAUCUUUGGUCCCCGCCCACAUACCGAUAUAACUACAUGAACAGCGCGUUUUCUUUACUUGGAAAGAACGUUUUAGCUUGAAUGUUGAAAUUAACGGUGUGUAAUAAAACAUAGUAAGACGUGCGAUAUUCAUAAAAUGCAUUGGCAAUUGAGGCAGCUAUGAUGAUUUAGUCUUGAGUGAUGUUCUCGAGGUUUGUAAGCUCAUGUGUUUAAGCACUUAUUCGCGCUUAUUUAUACAGUAGAAAACAUUUAUUCUAAGUAACCUCCUUGUCUUUCCGUUUAUUUCUCUUCUUCCUUGUUUGUUCUAGUUACACUGUUGUCAUGUUUUCAUUUUGUGCUCAAUAUCGCAAAAAAAACGUGCUCAUUGCUACAUGGUAAUUCUUGCCUUGGUUUGUAGGCCUAGCGAAAAUCGAACGUGAAUCUUUAAGCAACAGGCCUUGUUCCGAUUUCACUUUGUAUAUGCAUGCACGGUGUUUGCCAUGUCCGUUACCGCAACCUUUUUGUCUUAAUUUUUUUUUGCAACAUAAGCCCCCUAAACAGGCUUAUGUUUUGUCGAGGAACUCGCCUGCGUUAAGGAUGGGCUUGUGUAGGACAAGUACUCAGAGUGAUGAGGUGUUGUUCGAGGGCACAGUAAGUAGUCAGACAUUAUUCGAAGGAAUAUUUAGCCCUGACAGUCGUAGCUUUAGUGUUGCCUGUUAACGCAGGGUGACUUUAAAAGGCUCCGGAAUACUUGUAACGGUGC